AUUCCCUCUGCGCACGUCGCGCUGAUCGCUAGCAUAAAACGCUCCCGGUGUCCCGGCAUAACGUAAACGUCACUCUAUCUCCGAUACGAUUCUCGAUUCUCGUUUCAUCUAUCGCCUCUCGACUUUUACGCUACGUUAUUGAACACUUCAAAACACAGUUCGGCAAACAACGCAAUAAGUUUGCAGAUAUUACGAGCUCCAAAACUCUCAAGUGUCUCUCUGUUUGUGUGUGAUGCGUGCUUUGUGAAUAGACAAAAACAGCAAUAAGAAAGAACAACAACAACAACAAAAACGUUGUUUAUUAAAACUGUAAACAGAACAGCAAACGAACGACAACAACAACAACCAGCAAAAAUGGGUCGCUUAUUCCAGUACAAUCGCUUUGGCGCCGUGGAGAGCAACAACAAACGCAAAAAGGAUACACAAAAGAAGCCACAUGAUAAAGCCAAGAUGCUACGCAAUGCGAUGAAUUGUCCCGACUAUGCGGACAUCUAUUGCUCGACGAAUACAACAACAAAUGCCGGCAAGAACCUUGACCUGGCCUUCAAUAAGUGUCAGGAAUGGAGCAACAAGCUGAAGUUGCAACCGGCCACAGCAACAGCUGCAACAACAGCUGAUGAGCCAGCAGUGAAUACGCAGAGUCGCACACACAAAGUCUACGACAGCAUGAAGAACUUUUUGCAGCGCAAACUGUUCGCACAACCCUCGCAGCUGAAGUGCGAAGAUGAACCAACCAGCGACUACGAUGAGCAGGACCUACUCGACUCCUCGUAUCAAGCAGACGCGGAGGAAGAUGAGUUGGAUGGCGAUGAGCUGCUGGUCAACUGCAGUUGCAGCUCAGCGGAGGCGACACCCAAACGCAGCAGCAACAACAAAUCGCCACAAAAAUCGCUGUUGUCGUUGAAUUGCUGGCAGAGCAGUCAACCGAGUGAUUCCAGUGGCAGCGAGGAGGCGACAGCAGAUCAGCCUGAAUCCGAUGAUGCGGGCAUCUCCGAUUGCUGUCAGCUACUCAACGAAAGCAGCAACAGCAGCGGAAGUGGCAAACGUCGUGGCACACCCAAAAAACGCCAAACACCGAGGUAUAAUCACAACACCGAUGACGAGGAGGACGCAGGCGAGGAGCCCGAAUUGUUGCACUGUGCGUGGUAUCAGCCGCGGAUCACAGCGAAAGCGGCACAGGAGCAUCUGCAACAAGCCACGCCGGGGAGCUUUCUGUUGCGUCGCAGCACUCCGCGCAACUUUGAGUUGUGUCUGCGACUGGAGAACAAGGUGAAGUGCUAUGCGGUGCAGUGCAAUCGGAGGAGUGAAAUGUACAGCCUGAAGGGUGCCAAGAAACAGUUUAGCACAUUAAAGGCGCUCAUCACGCAUCAUUCGGUGAUGGCCGAGCAGUUGCCGUUGACACUGGAUAUGCCCAGGGAACGGGAUUUGGUCAAAUCAUCCGCAGUGCGUUAUGCGGAUGAUUUUGAGCCACUUGAAUCGCUGCAAUUGCUGGGCAUUCUGAAGAGUCUACAGGCCAAAAACUUUGAGGCAUAGGGCCAGACAAUGGGGGGAUUGAUUGAUUGAAGUGUGGGCGGGUUUAUCGAACUGCAAAGGGAACGAUAGGUGAAAACAAAAAAAUAUAUAUGUAUGUAUAUUGUAAUGUAUUUUAUGCUAAGUUACAAUUCUUUCGGCGCAUGCCUUGUGAUAUAGUUUACGAACGAUACGAUACGAAAGGACAUUUCUUUAGGUCCCUAGCUCAUAAGCACUAUAUGUAAUUUGUUUAUUGUAUUUACGCUUAAGUUUUCUAUUGUACAAACGAAAUAAUCAUUUUGUGAGUUAUGAAAUAAAAAUUAAAGAAACACGAAAGAAAAGAAA